AGACACUCUGGGUCAAGGGGCUUACCCCCUACAGAACCCGCUACCCCACACUCAGCAAGUCGCAUCAAUGGCGCGCGUCUUGAAGCUCGCCCUGACCGCUUUCGCUCUCCAGAAGGCCUGCGCCCUGGACUUGGCAGCGGAGACGGACCUGGAGGAGAAGGACGCCCUUGGCCACAGGGCGUACUUGGACGUCACAGAUGGGGCGGUCAGCGCUGGGGCGCACGGAGCGGAGGUUCAGGAGCUGAGUGGCCACGGCCACAGGGCGUACUUGGACGUCACCGCUGGGGCGGUCAGCGCCGGGGCCCACGCAGCGGAGGUUCAGGAGCUGAGUGGCCACGGCCACAGGGCGUACUUGGACGUCACCUGGCCACGGCCACAGGGCGUACUUGGACGUCACCGUCGGGGCGGUCAGCGCCGGGGCUCACGCAGCGGAAGUUCAGGAGCUGAGUGGCCACGGCCACAGGGCGUACUUGGACGUCACCGCUGGGGCGGUCAGCGCCGGGGCCCACGCAGCGGAGGUCCAGGAGCUGAGUGGCCACGGCCACAGGGCGUACUUGGACGUCACCGUUGGGGCGGUCAGCGCGGUGGCCUCGGACUCGGACAUGGAGGAGCUCGAUGCGGGAGGUCGCCCCAAGGGGGCCCGCAGGCGUGCGCACGAGCGUGGUUUGCAAGCGGAGCUUCUCGCGGAUGUCGCCAGCACGGGCUGCGCCCAGCUCGGCGGCAAGUGGUUCUCGGAUCCUCACGGCAACAUGUUCCAGGUGGAGCAGAAAGGUUGCAUGAUUGAUUUCAUGCUGACGGUGGCGAAGAGCCCCAAGAAGCACAGGAAGCGCGGCGUCAUCAGGGGCACCACGGUGCUGAUUGAGCCGCCUUUCCCCGAAGGCAAGGUGCUGAUGAACCAGACCGUUGCGUUCGGGCAGCACGGGGACUGGGUGCGCAAGUGGUGAGUGCCUUGGCCAGCCGGUAACCAUCUCCCCAGUGUCAUCGUCGUCGUUCUUUUCUUCUGCCUGACUGCCUCCUUCGCUGUCUGUUCCACUUCUCAGGGCGACUUAGGAUCACAGAUGCCCUCCUCCUGCUAGGAGCAGAUGCACGAGGCAGUCUUGUGAAAAGGCAUAAUGUUGGACCCCCUUCGGCGGCCGUGAGCCGUUCGAGGCUACGACUCCGGCGAACCCUGGGGCGACGCCGACCGCGAUCUGGAGGCGAGCGUUUGUUUCAGCGGUUGCUUCCGAACUUCAUCCUGCUGUUGUGGGUAGUGACAGCGCUUGAAAGCAGAGAAGCACACCGCUACCAGUACCCG